GCAUCGCCCAUCAUGGCCUUGGAAGCGGCGCUGGCGGCAGUCCGAGGGCGCGAGCAGGCGGAGGGCCUCCUGGGCCGCUUCAACGAGCAGAAUAAAGCCAUUUUCAAAUUUGAACCAUCUGAUGAAGAGAAAAGAAAGAAUAAAAUAGAAGAGGAGUUCACUAGAAGAUUAAGAUAUGCAUCAUGGUGCAUUGCCACUUUUGUAAUUAUCUGUGCCCAUCCCAUGACUGUCAGCAAUUUGUACUGUCCCCCAGGUUACCUGCAUUUUCUUAAGGCCUCCAGCAACUCUGUGAAGAAAUAUUAAAUCUGCUGGAGAAAGAAAUAAAAACAUCAUGUAGAGUCACUUGUUUGGAGGCUCUGCGUAUUCUCUCAAGAGACAAAAAAGUUUUAGUUCCUGUAACAACAAAGAAGAACAUGCAGAUCUUGAUGAAGUUAGCAAAGUUGGAUGCUCUGGAGGAUCCUUUGGAAGAUGUGACUGAUUUUCCUGUCAUAGUGGAAGCUUUGAAAUGCCUUUGUAACAUUGUUUUUAAUAGCCCAGCUGCCCAGAAACUUAGUCUGGAACUGAACCUGGCAGCUAUGCUUUGUAAUCUCCUGAAAAAAUGCAAGGAUCAACAGUUUGUGGAAGACAUAAAAUGCUUUGAUUUACGGCUCCUCUUCCUCCUCUCCCUUUUGCACACAGAUAUUAGGUCACAGUUAAGAUAUGAUCUCCAGGGGUUGCCACUCUUGACUCAGGCCCUGGAAAGUGCUUUUAGCAUAAAAUGGACUGAUAAAUACAUCACAGCUGAAGAACAGGAGAUGUCACCUUUGUCAGUACAAGAGACAGAGUGUGCCAUUGAAGCACUGAAAGCUCUCUUUAAUGUUACUCUUGACAGUUGGAAUGUACACAGUGAGAAUGACUCUCAUGAAUUUCGUUAUAUGGCUGCUAUUCUACGUCACUGCUUGUUAACUCUGGGCCCUACUGAAGAAAAAACAGAGGAGUUGCACAGCAAUGCAAUCAACCUUUUAAGCAAUAUUCCAGUUUCAUGUUUGGAUGUGCUUAUCAGUCCAUCAAGUCAAGAGGAGACCAAAGAAACAGACUUAAAGUAUAAUGGCAUGAAUAUGGAUGCAUUUCGGGUGCUAUUGAAAUUCAUGGAAAAGAGAAUUGACAAGGGGAGUAGUUAUCGGGAAGGUCUCACUCCAGUUCUCAGCUUACUAACUAGAUGCUGCCGAUCCCAUCGGAACAUAAGGAAGUUUAUCAAAGCUCAGGUGUUGCCUCCUUUGAGAGAUGUUUCUAAUCGUCCUGAAGUUGGUACAACGCUAAGAAACAAAUUAGUGCGUCUUAUGACUCAUGUUGACUUAGGAGUGAAGCAAAUUGCUGCAGAAUUCCUUUUUGUUCUUUGUAAAGAAAGAGUUGACAGCUUACUGAAAUACACUGGCUAUGGUAAUGCAGCAGGACUGCUAGCAGCAAGGGGACUGUUAGCAGGAGGAAGAGGGGAAAACUGGUAUUCAGAUGAUGAAGAUACAGAUACAGAAGAAUACAAAUCUGCAAAACCAAACAUUAACCUUAUUACAGGUCACUUAGAAGAGCCAAUGCCCAACCCUAUGGAUGAAAUGACUGAAGAACAAAAAGAAUAUGAAGCAAUGAAACUUGUCAAUAUGUUCGAUAAGCUUUCUAGAGACAAAGUUAUAACACCUAUGGGAGUGCGACCAGAUGGUACAAUGACUCCUUUGGAAGAAGUAGCCUGCCAGUAUCAAAGGAAUGAACAAGCGAGUUCUGACUCUGACUAGAGCAUCACUUGUUUUGCUCAUCUGACCCAACUUCCCUUACAGCCACAGCUUUUUAUGAUAUAAAUAUGAGACCUUUCACAUUAACCAAGUAUUACAACAGUUUUAUCAAUCAAAAUAUUUAAUUAUAUUUAAUUAAUUAUAAUUAUAUUAGCAUUUCUAAGACCUCAGUUUAUAUAGCAACUAAAAACCCAGUUUGUUAACUUCCUUAAUGGGAUUAAAAAUGUAAUGUUAAAUCUAAAAAAAAAAUUGAAAUGUUAAUAUUUACCUAUGGUACUCUUCUUUUUAAAAAAAGCUUCCAUUUCAGCCCCUUACCCAAGUGAAAGAAAUUGAACGCCUAAUUUGACUUGGAAAAUAUGAAAUUUCUUAAUAUUUAAAAUUAAACAUAUUAAUCAUCAUGACAGAAUGAUUAUGACACAGGCAAACUCACUUCCAUUGAAGACGAAGUUGCCCAACACAUGCAUUUAUUUAAUCAUCAUCAGUUAUUUCCCAUUCCUCAUAAUUAUGUAGUCUUUCAGGGAGUACCAAAACUUCUUUAUACUGUCAGCCUUUAAAUAGAUUUUCAGUGUUUCUGUACUGUUCAGGAUCCAGGUCAACCAAAUGACAGUUUUGUCAGGAUGCUUUCAUUUGUCCCUAGAUCCAGGACUGAAAAACAGGCUUCCUUCUUAUGACUUCAAGUUAGCUGUGUGCCCUGCUCUGGAGAAUAAUUCCAUAGCAUACAUGGUGCACACUCCCCAAAUUUUGCAGUGUGAGUGAAUAACUUAGAGAUACAGACUUAGAGAGAAGGGUUGGGUAACAGCCCUCUUCUGCUGCCUAGUUGUCUUUUGAAAGGAUAUGUGUGAAGAAAAUGAGGAAAUCUGCCUAAUAAUUACUAAGAAGUGAAGAAUAUUGCAUUGUACCAAUAAAACUUUGUACACAAUUAAA